AUGCCCCAAUGGUCUAUUAAAAAUCCCCAAAAAUUUACCCCUAAAUUUUCAGUUAAUUUAUCAACUAAUUGUCAAUUCAAAUUUACCCCUCCUCGAGGCUCUCUGAAUUUCCCUCGAGACGUUGCACGUUUAAAUGUCUUUCACGAGCAGAGUCGCCAAUUCGUUCUUUUCAAUCAAAAUUUCCCUAAUGGGUCCAAGCUCCUUUUUUCUUGUGCUAAUUAUUCGAUGGAUUUAUUGAGAGGACCUAGCCUUAGUGUUUGCCGUAAUGGGGAAUGGCUUCCUCCACCUCCUUAUUGUCAGAGAUUAGAUCGAACUAAGGCUAAUGACCAACAGCCGCCGCCAAUCGACUUUCAGGUUUCCGGCCAAUGGAGUAUUUCGCCAACCGGUGUUCUUCUAGUCAGUCGGUAUUAUAGACUUUUCUAUUUAAUUUCCUUAUAA